AUGACCGUCGCAGAUACCGCCCCCAAAAGAUUCACCUCCACGCUCAACUCUUCCAGACUUAUGGAGGUUGUUUCGUCAGAAACUACCUGCCAGCUGAAGUUACUGACCAGAUCUGGGAUGAGGUUGCUCUACAUUUUGGAGAAAAGAACUGGGUAG